AUGGCUAGCAAGAACGCCUUGGUCAUUGGUGCCAAUCGAGGCAUUGGCCUCAAUAUCCUCAAGGCACUGGCAGGUAGUUCCUGGAACGUCACCGGCUCGAUCAGGCCUCAGAGCGCGACAGACCCAAGCGUGGAAGAUUUGAAGGCCACAGGUGCCAGGAUUCUCAAGAUCGAUUACCUUGAUGAGGGAACAAUCAAGACAGCUGCUCAAGAGUAUGGAGACGAGCCACUCGACCUCCUGGUCAACGUGGGAGGCCUUCCACCCCAUCCCAAGGCUUGGCAAGAGCAAACAAACGACGCCAUAGUGGAAAAGUUCCGGGUGAUGGCCGUGGGCCCGUUCCUCGCUACCAAACACUUCCUCCCGAGCUUGGAGAAGGCCGCUGAGCCAAAGGUCGUCAACAUCUCGUCAUCCUUCGGGUCGAUCAGUACCAACACCCUCGGUACGUGCAUGGCAUACCGUACUGCCAAAGCCGCUCUCAAUCAGAACUCAGUCACGCUGGCACGGGAAUGGGAAAAGGAGGGCCGCAAGGUCACUAUUGUGUGCAUGGAGCCGGGAUUCUUGUCCACGCGCCUGACUGAAUGGGAUGGGGAAGAUGACAUGGAAACGUGCAUCGCCGGCAUCAUGAAUGUUAUUGAUGGGAUUACUCAUAAAGAUAACGGAGCAUUCUUGAAGUGGGACGGAAGCUCCAUUCCUUUCUAG